CGCCCCCGAGGCUCAGCGGCUCGCGCGGGGAAGGAGAGAGUGCGCGCCUCGUGAGAAGGCACCAACGGUCUGUUCUUACAGGGGGAAAAAAAGAGAAAAUUUCAGCUCAUACAUGGCGAAAUUUGUUUUACUCGACGUCCAGACACAUAUCCAUUCCGGACCACGGCUCUGACAGCGACAGGCGACGCGAAUAUCUGCAACUCUCAAAGGUUGGAGUUUACCAAGGGUUUUCCUAGCAGUUUCGUGCUUGGAGGCGUGCGAGUGCCGGUGUAGUCGUCUCCGUGGGUGCCGUUUCGUGCUGUCCGGAGGCAGCUGACACUUGUCCCUAUUUCCGAAGACCAGAAGGCCUGUUCUGGUUCCCUACUGUCCGGUUCACCCGGUGUCCCUGUCAGCGCCGGGCCGCCUGCACACUCAACCCGGCGCGGCCUCGCUCCUUCUCAAGCCCCAGGCGACGACAGUUACCUCCCGGGUAGAGCCCGUUACCCACACUCCUCCAAAAUACCUGCCUUGUUUACAACGAACAACGAAACAGGGAAUCCUUGAAGAAAAAACUGAGAAGAUAAACGGGACCCCGUGCGCUGGUGAUGUAGACAGACUGAGCUGUCAUAGAGUUUACCAACAGUUCUCUGAAUUUACAUAUAUUAAGUUUAUUCAUUCACGCGACUGGCUUAUUCUCUCGUGCAUACCCGUUAUUAAGAUAUUAGACAACAGAACGUCGCUUAUAGAAAUUAAACACUGUGCAAAAGGCAAGGCCUUGUCUGCUAACUCCGAUAGCUGCAUCGCUAACUCUCAGCCUAGGUUUAAUCAGCAUCUAAUCUCAUUAACUGCACUUUAUGACUGCUAUUCAUCGCUUACUUUGUAACCAUACAACACAAUAGAGGAGCGAUUUUAAUUUAAAGUCACUGGUUCAACGCACAGUACGGCAUCCUUGCCAAAAGAUCUAUUCAGCAGGAGGAGAAAACAGAGCUGUCAGCCUUUAUAAUCUACUACUCGCUCUGAUUAAUUUCCAAUUUGGGAAACAAAAACCGAAGAGUCUUAUGUGUUGGGCUGGUUUCAGCUGACCUUUGCUACCAAAUUUAACUAAGUCCCUCGUGAGCUUUCUUGUGCUGCAACCCCGCUGCAUGCACUGAUACGAGAAAGACUUGAUUUAUAUUUUUGUACUAUAGUACAGGAGCCAUUUAGAACAGGUUCAGAUAUCUGCAUAAACCCCCUACUACUGUUUAGACAUGAGUAUUGAGAUUCCAGUCGGUCUGACGGAGCUGCUUCAAGGCUACACCGUGGAGGUGUUGCGCCAGAAGCCGCCGGACCUGGUGGAGUUUGCCGUGCAGUAUUUCACCCGCCUGCGGGACACCAGAAGCCAGGACGGGUCCGGGGCCGCCUCCGCCGCCAAAACCGGGGGGAAGGGAGUGAUGUUUGAUGGCGAGCCGAUGCAGACAGAGUCUAACGGCGACGAGGAUGACGAGGACGAUGACUCAGAUUUUGAGCCUCCUCCCCCCAGCAGAUUUAACCGGAGAGUGUCGGUGUGUGCGGAGGCCUUUAACCCUGAUGAUGAUGAGGAAGAUUCUGAGCCGAGAGUUGUCCAUCCAAAAACAGACGUGCAGCGUUGUAGAUUACAGGAGGCCUGCAAGGACAUUCUGCUGUUCAAGUCUCUUGAUCAGGAGCAGUUUUCAGAGGUGCUGGACGCCAUGUUUGAGGUUCUUGUGCAGCCAAAAGAGCAUGUUAUUGAUCAGGGAGAUGAUGGAGAUAACUUUUAUGUAAUUGAGAGGGGUGUGUAUGAUAUCGAGGUACAGAAGGAUGGUGUGGGCUGCUGUGUGGGUCAGUAUGAUAAUAAGGGCAGUUUCGGAGAACUGGCCCUCAUGUACAACACUCCACGGGCGGCAACCAUCAUUGCCAAUGAAGAGGGAGCCCUCUGGGGACUGGAUCGGGCAACGUUCCGUAGACUCAUAGUGAAGAACAAUGCGAAGAAGAGAAGGAUGUAUGAAAUCUUCAUUGAGUCUGUCCCACUGCUCAAAUCACUAGAGUUAUCUGAAAGGAUGAAGAUUGUUGAUGUGCUGGGUGUUAAAUCAUUUCAUGACGGAGAGCGUAUAAUUAUGCAGGGCGAUAUGGCUGAUUGCUUCUACAUUGUGGAGUCUGGAGAGGUGAAGAUUAUGAUGAAGAGUAAAACAAAAGCAGACAGACAGGAUAAUGCUGAGGUGGAGAUCGCUCGCUGCAGUAGAGGGCAGUAUUUUGGAGAACUUGCUCUUGUCACUAAUAAACCACGUGCUGCCUCAGCCUAUGCUAUAGGGGAUGUCAAAUGCUUGGUGAUCGAUGUACAAGCCUUCGAGCGUUUGCUGGGGCCCUGCAAGGAGAUCAUGAAGAGGAACAUUGCCCACUAUGAGGAGCAGCUGGUGGCUCUGUUUGGAUCCAGUGCGGACCUGAGGGACUGAGACAAACUGGCCGUGCCUUACGUUCACACACACACACACACACACACAACACAUAUGUUAUACACUCCCAAAACAUUUUGUAGGCACACAUUCCUUUUUAUGUGCACUCGUUCUUCAGCCAACAUGCUCACACUUUCAAACCAUACCUCACAAACACACACCUGAUGUCAUUGCAUCAGCUGCCUCAGUACGAAAUAUAAACAUUACAAGCUCAACUUCGGUGUCCCUAAACCAACCACAGCCUGGAGAGGACAUAUGCACACACACAAACACACACACACACACACACACACACACAUUCACUUACACCAAAAAUUCCCAGCCAAGGACCCAUUCUUUUUCAUGGUCACUUGCAGUCACAUCAAAGAAUAGAGAAAAAGAGACAAAAGAUAAAAGAUUUUAUGUUUAAACAAGAAAAAAGUUAUCUUUCAAUAAAAAAAUGCAAAAAGCGCAAAAAUUCUAAGUUUUAGAGCAUUUUAUGAUCAUGCAAAGCUUUGAUAAACUUGUUUAAAUAUGACCUGUUUACUUUCCCUGCUGUUGGAGUACAAAAGUUUUUGGUAGUAUCCACAGUGACCGACUUUUCUCAGUUAAACUCCACAUGUUGUAUUAGAUUAAUGUAGUAUUAUUAUUAUUAUUUUUGUUGAAGGUUGACUCCUUGUUACACCGGCCCCUAAUUGGAGGAUGCGAGGCCCAAUCUAGUGCAGAAUUUUCCUUUUAGUCUUUCUGAAUAAGUCGUCCUGAAAAAUAAAUAAAGCAGACAUUUUGGUAACCUGCUGGGACUCUUAUGUUGCGAAUGUUUAUGUGUGUGUGCAUGCGUGCGUGUGUGUGUGUUGGAAGGUGCGGUCUGUAAUUAAAGGAACAAUGCCAUUUAAAUGUCAGGAAUCAGUUUUGUGUUUGUAAUCCUUUGAAUGGAGACACCAUGCAAGUGUUUUGGAAUGGAGUGUUAUUUUUAUUUUAUUUUAGGGCAUUAGUUGGUUGUUAGUUGGUUAACAUCUCUGAGGGUUGGCUAGUUUCAGCAUUUGCAGAUUGUACUUUUAAUAAACUUUGGAUAAAUCA